AUGGUGAGAGAAGGUAAAAGAAGAGAAGAGAAGAAGACAGAAGUAAGAAGAAAGCAUCAGAAACAAUUAAAGAGCAUUUUGAGUGCUCUUCACGUGCCAAACAUUUCUGAGGGAAAUGGAUAUCCUCUUAAAGACAACGGAAAACAAAGUUCUGUGUCUGACCAGCAAAUUAAACAUCCUCGUAGCCGGUAUGAUGUUGUCUACCCCUAUAAUUAUAAAUAUCUUAUCAAUGAGCCAGAAAAAUGUAACAGAAAGCCCCCUUUCUUAGUAUUAAUGAUAGCAACAAAGCCUUCUGAGCAGCAAGCACGGACUGUUAUCAGACAGACAUGGGGAAAUGAAACUUUUAUUCCAAAUGUAACUGUUGUCUGCAUUUUCUUCUUGGGGCGACUAGCAUCUAAUAUGAAAUCUGUGCAAGAACGGAUUCAAAACGAAAGUAGAGCUCACCAUGACAUUAUUCAAAGAGACUUCUUAGACUCAUACUAUAACCUCACAAUAAAAACUAUGACAGCAAUGGAGUGGGUGACUGAAUUCUGUCCACAAGCAUCCUAUGUCAUGAAAAUAGACAGCGAUAUAUUCUUGAAUAUAGAGUUACUUGUAAACAAGGUAUUGAAAACAAAUGUCCCUGUAAGAAAAAAAUAUUUCACUGGAAAUUUUAUACAAGCACAUAGACCAAAUCGUAAUAAGAAGGUAAAGUGGUACAUCCCACAAGAAAUAUAUCCUGCUAAUGUAUAUCCUGCGUAUUGUGCUGGGGGUGGAUAUGUCUUCUCAGGUGACAUAGCUGAGAAAAUUGUGAAUAUCUCUUACACCGUGAAACCUGUUUACAUAGAAGAUAUCUAUGUAGGGAUGUGUUUGAAAAAACUGCGCAUUAAAAUAAAAAGAAAUAACUUGUUUAGAUUUAGGCCUGUUCCACAUAAUAUAUGUGAAUAUACAAAGCGAAUCACAGUGCAUGGUUUUAAGCCAUUCAAGCUUCUAAAUUUAUGGAAAGACUUUCAGCAAAGAAAGACAUUUUGCAGUAGUGAUAAAACUGGAUGA